GCGCAGUGAGGCCGCCAGUGUGACGAAGACAACAUGGAAGUGUUUGUGAACGCUCCGAGUUUUCGGUGUACUAAUGUUCAGUUUCCGGUCGGUUCGGUGGUCAGAGACGUUCUGAACCGAUUCAUCCACAGCCAGGGAGGUUCUUCUUCUGAGGAUUUCUACGUGGUCAGAAAUGGACGUCUGUCAGAUCUGGAUGACCCUCUUCUGCAUGGAGCUGUCUAUCACCUGGAGCUCCGCCUCUGUGGCGGGAAAGGAGGGUUCGGCUCCAUGCUGCGAGCUCUCGGGGCUCAGAUCGAGAAAACGACGAAUCGUGAAGCCUGCAGAGACCUGAGCGGACGACGACUCCGAGACGUCAACCACGAGAAAGAGAUGGCAGAGUGGCUGAAGAAGCAGGCGGAGCGUGAGGCGGAGAAGGAGCAGCGUCGUCUGGAGCGCCUGCAGAGGAAACUGGCCGAACCCAAACACUACUUCACCGACCCCGAGUACCAGCAGCAGUGCCACGACCUGUCAGAGCGACUCGAGGACUCGGUCAUCAAAGGUCUGCAGGCAUCGUCGAGCAGCCAGGUUAAAGCUGAUGACGUCUCUGCUGUGAAGAGAGCGAGUGCCGAUCAGAGCGAGCAGCCACAGAAGAAGAAGAGGAAGACGACGACGGCAGCGGCGGCGGCGUGUUUCUGGACGGGUGUGGGCGAGCUGCCGAGCUCUGAGGACGAUGAAGACGAUGACGGAGAUGAGGAAGGGGACGAAUCUCCUUCCACGUCCUCCUCCAGCUGUGGAGCUGCUGCCGUUGCCAUGACGACGCACAGGGAGGAGGAGUCUGAGCAGAGCAGCAGCUCUUCUGUCUGCAGCUCAUCCUCCAUUCAGAACAUCAGACCACCAGAGACCUCCAAAGAGCCGAACCGUCCUCUGCCAGAGGAUCAGAGACUGUCAGACGAGCAGGAGGCCAGCGGUCCGUCUCAGCAGUUGCAGAACGGCAUGUCUCAGGAGGACGGGUCUCUGAAUGAUGCGACUUCAGCUGAGGUCUGUCAAACUGGCAUGACUCUGGCAGACGCGUCUCAGACCAAUGUGACUCCAACAGACGUGUCUCAGACCAGCGUGACUCAGGCAGACGUGUCUCAGACCAGCGUGACUCAGGCAGACGUGUCUCAGACCAGCGUGACUCAGGCAGACGUGUCUCAGACCAGCGUGACUCAGGCAGACGUGUCUCAGACCAGCGUGACUCAGGCAGACGUGUCUCAGACCAGCGUGAGUCCUGCAGGCGCGUCUCAGACCGGCGUGAGUCCGGCAGAUGCAUCUCAUGUGGACUUGUCCUCGGUGUCCUCACCCUCCGAGCUGGAGGCUCUGGGUCUGGACGUCCUGAAGGCGGAGCUCAUGAGUCGCGGUCUGAAGUGCGGAGGGACGCUGGCAGAGCGAGCCGCCCGUCUCUUCUCUGUCCGAGGACUGACCCCAGAUCAGAUCGACCCCGCCCUACUCGCCAAACCGAGCAAGAGCAAGAGGAAGUAA